CAUAUUCCACAUUUUCCAUGACAAAAUUCCCAAAAGAAUGGACACAUUUUACAAAUACGCAUGAUCCUUCAACAUUUAUCAACCGAUUCAAACCGUUCCAGCGUUAAACUGUCCAGCACAUUCAGGGACAUUAAUUAGCGUUAGCAUAUCAACUGCUGGAAUGUUAGCAUUUGGUCAAUUCUCAUUUGAAAUGGUACCUGAAUACAAUGCAAGAUGUAAAAUCCUUGUCAAUCAGCCUCAGAUCUUUUGCUACUCAACUGCUAGCAUUUCUUCUAUUGUCAUCUGUAACAAUUCACUUUGUCAUUAAAGUUUUUUUAAGUAACAGAGGGUAACUUAUUUUUGUACGUAUGCGUAUCCAAAAUAACAAAAAAAUUGGUGUUUUUAAUUUAAAAAACUAUCAUAUUUUACUUUAUUAAAACAUACGAUAAUGACAUAAUUAAAUGGAAUAUAAAUUAUCUUUUGCCACAUUUUUGCUUCAAUUCAGUGGAUGUUGUGCUGCACCUUCUGUUAUGCACGCCAUGGCCACUUGGGGGUCAUAUAACACAGACAUACUGUACAUGGAGCUGGUGUCACCUCCUCCGUAAGUCACAGCAAUGUCAGUUGCUCUUGGCAGAGGCUGAAGAAUAUACGCUUGUGAGUAUAGUUAUAUUAUCUGUCUACAUGUGUUGCGCCACCGUUUGUGGUCAAAUAUCUUUUGCUGAAACGUUUAUAACGCCGAUGCUGUUCCUUUGCCCGUCUAUGGCGUUUACCAUUAUGUGUUAGCAUUAGGCUGGCGGAAUUUAAGGCAAAGUUAUGUUUUAAACACCCAAUGUGUAAUUGUCUUUGUUUUAUGUUUAGUUUGACAGUCAACCUCAAGUGGGAGUGUCAACAAACAGCUUGAAGCCUGUUUUUUUUGAAGAAUUGCUCACUAUCUUCCAAACUGCUCAAUUACUCAAUCAACAAUUGUUUGUUGUGUUCUCACAAAAAAAGUCAAGAAAAAAAAAAAAGAAGUCACUUUGUCAUUCAAGAUGCAGUUUUAUAGAAAUAGAAACAAAAUCCAUCUUGCACAAGUCUUUGGAAGGUUCGGAUGUGACGUUGGUCGCGUGUGUGUGUUUCUGUUAGGGAGGAGUGUAAAUGGGCGUGUAUGUACUAUUCAUAGUGUGAGAACCUCAGAGGUUUAUUAGAAGUCACUGAGUCCUUCCUCAUAGAAACCACGGCACUGCAGGAAAGAGUUGCUAGCGCUCAUUCACUACACGUUGUAGACCUUGCUCUACAGCCAUGCAGGGUCAGGAAGUCCUGAGACAGCUGCGGCUUCCGGAGCUGGACGACCUGCGCCAGUACAUACGUGGACUUCCCACCAACACGCUGUUGGGCAUGGCUGCCGUCGCCGCCCUCACUACCUACUGGCUCUCCACCCGACCACGAGCCCUCGAGCCACUGUGCGACCUCACCGUGCAGUCCGUGGACAUGCUAGGCGAAGAAGGCGCAAGAAGGUCGGUGCUCAACAAGAGCGAUGAACACAUGACGUACUACCACAGCGAUGGAAAGACGAUUUACGAGGCGUUUCUGCGAGGGCUCAGAGUGUCGAAUAACGGACCUUGUUUAGGCGCGAGAAAACCAAACCGGCCUUACGAGUGGCAGUCUUACAGAGAGGUUGCAGACCGGGCUGAAAACGUGGGCUCUGCCUUGCUUCACAAGGGUCACGCUCAGUCAGGAGACAAGUUCAUUGGGAUCUUCGCCCAGAACAGACCAGAGUGGACCAUUUCCGAGCUGGCUUGUUACACGUACUCCCUCGUAGCCGUUCCGUUGUACGACACACUCGGCGCAGAGGCCAUCAGCUACAUCAUCGAUAAAGCCUCCAUCAGCACGGUGAUCUGCGACGUGCCCGAAAAAGCCCGGAUGAUUCUCGACUGCUUCGCCGAGAAAGGGCGAACGGUGAAGACGAUCGUGGUGAUGGAGCCGUUCGAUGGCGAGCUGGUGGCCCGAGGACAAACGUGCGGAGUCGAGGUUCUGAGCCUGAAGGAGUUUGAGGACUUGGGUAAAGCAAACUACCGUGACCCCAUGCCACCGAAACCGGAGGACCUUGCGCUCAUCUGCUUUACAUCUGGAACUACAGGAAACCCCAAGGGUGCAGUUCUCACCCACGGAAAUGUCAUCGCAAACACUGCAGCUUUUCUUAAAAUAACAGAGGGCAAAAUGCAGGCCACUUCCAAAGAUGUGCACAUCUCUUUCCUCCCUUUGGCCCAUAUGUUAGAGAGAGUGGUGCAGGGCGUCAUCCUCAUCCAAGGCGCUCGCAUCGGAUACUUCCAAGGCGACAUUCGGCUCUUGAUGGACGACCUGAAAGAACUGCGCCCGACGUUCUUCCCUGUGGUGCCACGUCUGCUCAACCGCAUGUUUGAUAAAAUAUUUAGCCAAGCCAACACACCAUUAAAAAGAUGGAUGCUUGAUUUGGCUUUCCGGAGGAAGCAGUCGGAGCUGAACAGUGGCGUGGUCCGCAGGGACAGCAUAUGGGAUAGGCUCAUCUUCAGAAAAAUACAGGCGAGCCUGGGUGGUCACGUGCGGCUCAUGCUCACGGGGGCCGCGCCCGUGUCCCCCCCCGUGCUUACUUUCCUACGGGUCGCGCUGGGGUGUCAGUUUUACGAAGGCUACGGCCAGACCGAAUGCACAGCGGGAUGCUCCAUGUCGAUGCCUGGCGACUGGACAGCUGGUCACGUCGGACCUCCUCUGCCCUGCAACGCCAUCAAACUGGUGGAUGUGGUAGACAUGAACUACCUGGCAGCCAACAACGAAGGAGAGGUUUGUGUCAAAGGACCAAAUGUCUUCCUGGGAUAUCUGGGAAACCCCGAGAAAACGGCGGAGGCCAUCGACAAAGACGGAUGGCUGCACACGGGGGACAUAGGGAAAUGGCUUCCGAACGGCACUUUGAAGAUCAUUGACAGGAAGAAGCACAUCUUCAAGCUGGCGCAAGGAGAAUACAUCGCCCCGGAGAAAAUCGAGAACAUUUACAACCGCAGCGACCCGGUGGCGCAGAUAUUUGUGCACGGUGACAGCUUACAGGCAUGCUUGGUGGGCAUCGUGGUGCCUGAUCCUGACUUUUUACCCAUUUGGAUCAAGAAACGAGGCAUUAAUGGCUCCUACUUGGACAUGUGCAAGAGCAAUGAUGUUAAGAAUGCCAUUUUGGAGGACAUCCAGAGGCUGGGCAAAGAAGCCGGACUCAAGACUUUUGAACAGGUGAGAGACAUUGCGUUACAUCCGGAAAUGUUCUCUGUGCAGAAUGGCUUGCUGACACCAACGCUCAAGGCUAAGAGGGCAGAACUUCUGAGUCACUUUAGAGCGCAACUAGAUGAACUUUAUGCCGGCGUUAAGGUCUAAGCGAGGGUAGUGAGAAGUUUACACUUGAAUGGGAACAUGUCUGCCAAAGCCAAUCUGGACGUUUUUUUUUUUGUGUGUAUGUGUGGUGGUUGAUGGCGGUGCUCAGUUUGAAAAGUGUACCAUCUUUAUUUUUUAACACUAAGCUUUCCUCAACAGGGCACCAAAUCAUGUGAGUGGUUUUAUUUAUCCGAGUAUAGGGGUUAUAAAGCACAAUGGACAAAUACAGUACGACUUGUGUAAACUGGAGGUCUCAAACUCCCUGGUUUUGUCAUGUUAGUGGAUAUUUAAUGAUGUCAUUACAGGUGAAUAAUAUUUGAAUUGUGCCUAAUAUUAUGACACAUAAUAAUAAAAUACAGUAUUUUUUGAAUAAAUUUGCAUUCCCGUUUUUCAGCCAUGUGGCCUGGUACCUUUUACGCAGGUGGGGUUUAGCUUGUUUUUGUGAACGCUUCAAAUGGAAGCACGUAAUAGCUGUGCUUUUAAUUCUGCCUUUGUCACAUCACUCGGCUUAACGGUGAAUCAUGAUGUUUGGAAUUGAGACCCUACCUGUUCAAAUCACAUUGUGUUUGUACAAUAAUGUAUAAAUUUUUUUUUUUUUUUUGCUGUUUUGUGCUGAAGUUGUGAGUACAAAUGAGACUUAACAGUUCAAUAAAGUGCAUCGGUAACUUC